ACCGCUCCGAGCCCCUCUCCGUAGGGCUAUCGUUGGGGACGUUGAGGCAGCGGCAGCUUUGCGUCCAGAACUCCAGAUGGAGGCGACCCGGAGCCCCCGGCCAGCGGUCUGUUGUAAGCCCGGCGGGCGGCUGGACAUGAGCCACGGCUUCGUGCACCAUAUUCGACGGAACCAGAUCGCUCGGGACGACUACGAUAAGAAGGUGAAGCAGGCGGCCAAGGAGAAAACCAGGAAGCGGCACACGCCCGCGCCCACAAGACCCCGCAAGCCGGACCUACAGGUGUAUCUGCCGCGCCGCCGAGAUAGCUCUGCAGCAGCUUCAGUCAACCCAGACUGUGAGGAGUCCGGUGAAAGCAGCAGUAGUGGUGGCUCCGAGCCAGAACCUUCGCGCUGUCAGCUCUUCUGCUUAGAAUAUGAGGCGGACAGUGGAGAGGUCACAUCGGUUAUCGUGUAUCAGGAUGAUGACCCAGCAAGGGUCAGUGAGGAGGUGUCGGCACACACGCCUCUGGAUACACCCAUGCGAGAGGCCCUCAAGUUGCGUAUCCAGGAGGAGAUGAAAAAGCGCCAGAGCCGACGCUAACUAGGUGGAAGGUGUGCUUUCCAGGUUGGAAUUACUACUUGAGGAAGACUUCUGCCCAGGGAGAUCACUUCCAGUUUGGAGGUGGCAGGGCCAGUCUGUUUGAUCUUGAGACCCAACCCCUGCUACUUCCACAAGGGUGUUGCAGGAUUAUACCUUGCCCACCUUACAUGUUGACACAGUUGCCUGCUCUAACAUCCUGGAAUCGUUUGAAAAUUUUGUGUGGCUAACUUGUUGUGGAAGCGGAGAGCUAGGGGAGCCAGGGUUUAUGAAGCCUUUUAGCAGCAUGCUGCUUGCUGUCUACUGAGGCCAUAUGCCUGGUCAUUCCGUGAGCUGUGUUAUUUUAUGGUUCUUUUUCAUGUUUUUGUUCACUUCCUGUCAUCAUGUCCUAGAUUGUUUUUUUCUCUUCCCCUUUCCCUCUUUUUGUUUCCAGUAGAAUUGACCCCUUCUCCCCUUCCCUUCAACAAGACUGUGCAGCUCCACUGCUCAGGUAUUCGGAGAUGAGAGGGUCCUGGAGAUUUGCCAUUUCUAGCAAGUUUUCCAAAUGGUUCUGAUACCAGUGCAGCAGGAGACAGACCUAGGUUUCUGAGGCCUCCUUGGAGGAGGGUCUCCUCCGUCCAUGGCUUUUCUUGGUUGCUUGCAAUCUAUAUUGCCUCAGUAAGGUCUUGGGCUUAGUCUAUAAGGAUUUCUUGCAGUUAAACCUGCCUUGGCUAGGGCUACAAAAUUCUAGCUUUUGAUCUCAUCACCAAGUAUAAACUCUCUGUUCAGGCUAAAGGGAAACCAAAACAACCUUAAAACUGGCUCUCCAAUUGUGUCUUAACAGUCUUAAACAUAUAUUUGAAGUGAAAUUCAACAUUAAUAAUAAUUUUAUGUUUGGAGCCUUAAUUUUAAGAAAAUUCCUAAAUAACGCAUGCCCUCCAGCCAGACCUGGUGGUACACACCUAUAAUCUCAACACCCAAGAGGCUGAGCCAGAAAGAUCACCGUGAGUUCAAGCCCAGUGUGGAUUACAUAGUGGGCUCAAGGCCAACCUGGACUAUAUAGUGAGACCCUAUCUCAGGGGAAAAAAAAAAAACCCUAGGAGGUAAAGUAAUUUCCCUUUUGUCUACUCCAUGUUUUCUCCUUUGCUACUUCUCAGCAGUAUGUAAAUGCUUAAAGAUAUUUAAAGUAUCCCAACAUUAGUAAUGCUGUUAACUACAGAAUUUUAAAAGAAAUAGUGCUAAGGUCCUCCAAGAAACCCAGGUCCUCUUGUCUGGGAGGCAUCUCUACCAAUGGGCAAAGCCCCUAGCCUCUAGGAAACAUUUUUUUCUUUUUUUUAACACAGGGCUUUUAAGAAGGCUGUGGAUAUAGCACAGUGGUAGAGCACAUAGCUAGCAUAUAGAAAAAAAGGGUUAAGCUAAGGUCUAAAGUCCACAGGACAUCCUGUGCAGCAAAGUGUUUGUUCUCCAGCAAAUCAGCUUACCCUCAGUAACUUACAGUGUUGAGUAUACAUGAGCUUGUGAGCUCUAAGACUUAGUGAAAGCAAAAUCCCCUAACCCAGGGGUUCCUGUACAUCAGGGUCUAAAGAACAGUCUGUUUCAUCUCAGCAGCUUUUAUUUUAAAGAACACCUGGGGGCACUGUUGGUUCGUGUCCUCACCCUUGGAAACCAGCCCCCUCAGAAAUGGGGCAAGGCAGCUACUUCAGCCACACCGUUAAGACUUUAAGCACUGUGAACCACAGUGUGCAGUGCCCGAGGAAUGCUGGGACAGUGAGUGAGGUGGCAGUGAGUUAGAAGGGCCUGGUUACAAAGGUGGCCAGGGACCAGAAAGCUCCAGAGCCACAGUGUUGGCCUAUGGUAAGUGCCUUCAACUUGCUGCUGCCCAGGGCUCAGUUCUGUUUUCAGAAGAGAAAAUCAUUGCCUUCUACUUACACAACUGUGCAAGAAGUGCCUUUGGAUUUACAGUGUUAACUGUUCUCCGUAACCUCUGGGCCAAACCCUAACCCUCUUCCUGCAGAUUAGGGGCCCAGUUAUUUUAGUCUUCCAGCUCUUCAACAGAUUUUAUGACUUGCAACAUAGAAUUUCCCUGGAACUUUGAUUUCUUAGUCUGGAAAUACUUUUGGGGUCUGUCUUCUCACAACUCAAAUCAUCUAUUUCCUGGUUUUAUUAUUAAAACCUAGAAAAGACCUGAAAAGUACCUCAUGGAUACCUGCAGCUUUAGCCUCCAUUCCUGUCUCUUGGAAAGGGCAAGGUAUUAUGUACCUGUUGUGUACUUUAUGUAUCCAUCAUGUAAUCCUUACAAAGCCUACUCCAGUACUUAUGGAAACUCUUUGCUCUUAACCUUUUUUCCUUGAGGUAUUUUGCUUGUCAAAUACAAAUACAAUAUUUUUUGCCCAAGAGAGCACUGUAAUUCUUACCUAAGUAUGCAGUAUACAGUCCAGCUAAUUCACUAGACUUGCCACCAAACAUCUUUGCCAGUUUCAAAAACAUAUUUUGCCAUCAAUGAGCACGUUUCUUAGAGGCUGUAGAGAUGAGCAGUGGCAGCAGCCUUGGGUUAACUGGAACUUUCCAACAGGCUGAUUUAGAAUCAGACAUUCAUUUGCCUCUAUGUUCUGGGCUAUCUUUUAAAAAGUUCAUCUCACUCAACAAGGAGUGCUGGUCCCUUAACUGAAAGUAAGCCUGGAUCCUAAAGCUUUGUGUUUUGUGAGCCACAGUAAAGGAAGCUGGUGCACAGAGGCUUUGGGCCAGGCUUGCUGGAGCACCCCUGCGCUCGGGAGGCUGACGCAGGAGAAUCACCACAAGUUAAGGCCAGGCUGGGCUACAUAGGCGAGGCCAGCCUCUACUACAUAGGAAGAACCUAUCUCAAAAAAAAAGGAAUAAGCACAGAUUACUCUCCUACCUGUCAGCCCUUUGGAAUAACCACCAGGAAUGUUGACAGUUAUUUGAAACAUUGUACCUCCUUUAGAUCCCUGCCCCCUGUCUGAGAAAUCACAUAGCCAUAGGCACCCAUCCCACCUCUUCCUAGAAGUUGGAGUGAUACUAGAAAUCAGAACUUCUUGAGUGAAUGGCUCCUUUGCCUGGUCAGAGCUAACACAACAGGAAUCCGGUGGUACUGGCUGCGUUGUGGUGCUAAACAUUAAAAAGCCAUACAUUUUGCUUUCUUGUUUCAUAUUCUGCUGUGUGUGGAUGAGUAAAAUGAAUGUGCAAAUUACUUGAAAAUCCAGAAGGGUAUUUUUCAGAUACAGUAUUUUUUGGUAACCAAUAAACUAUUUUUACAGCA